CUGUAAAUGUUCAAACGUAAAAUAUUGUUCAGUUAAACCAACACUGAUUUAAAACGGUUAUAUGUUUAAAAUCAGAAGAUUUCUCCUGUCCGAUUGGAAUUUCAUUUUGGCAUGUAGAUAUUAGGAGACACAAGUACAUGUAAAUAACAGGAGAGAUUUUGUAUGAAUCCUUAUCUUCUUACAUAUGCUAAAUUAAUUUUUUAACAAAUGUGACGGGAUUUAGGUUUCAAUCUUGACUGAGUUCUUCGAUAGUUUUAUAAUGGCACUGACGGAACAUUCAUGUCAACAUUGGAAAUCGUGAAGGCCUUCAGGAUAGUUGGAUCACUUUAGCAAAUACACAAAUUAUAUGUAUUGGAGUACUAUUUAUUUACACAAUAAUACAAAAUAUUUAGUGAAAAUGUGAGAAUCAAUAUAGAAUAGAAAUUAAAUCACCGAUUUUUUUCUAUAAUAGAUAGGAUUAAUAGCAGUUAAUUGGAUUUUGUAUACCUUCUAGUAGUGGACCAUUGAUCUUUGGUUGAUCUUUUGAGUUAUUACAUUGUGAGAUUUGUAGUGGUAAAAUAUAAUUCAUAUCAAUUCUAUGGGAUAUUACAGCACUGUAUAGUGAAAGAGAUGUAAAAUAUUUGGAAUUUUAAAACAUAGACAAUGUAUAGAUCAAGUGGUAAAAUGGUAGUUGAAGGGGGGAGUGUAGAAUGGAGUGAUGAUGAUGCUGUCAAAUCUGGUUCUAAUACAGAAGGGGAUGUAGCUGAUGACCAACCACCAGAAAGAAAAGGACACAAGAAAAAUUUCAAAACCCCCAUAACUACACUUAACAUGAAGUCAGAUCCUAUAUCAACAAUACUGGAUAAAAUUGAUGCAGAAAUAUCAUCAUUAUCUCGGUCACAGUCGAGUGCUGGCACAGGUAGUACUGUUAUACAUCGACCUUCAAGUAGGUCAAGGUCACCUCACAAACCAGACGAUGAACUUACCAGAAGUCAGCUGGACAGACCAGGUCCAAUGAAAGCCACACACAAAUAUAAUGGUAGUUACUCCGGAUCAUCUCGAGGUAGAGAAAGUCCUGUGGUAAAUGGUGAUACCAGAGUAAACGGUGUGGUAGACAUAUACAGUGAUAUGACAAAUGAUACUGAAGAUACACAAAGGAGAAAAGGACAAAGUGAUUUAGACUCUGUUUCUGCUCAUGAUGUUGAUGAAAAAUUCAAACAAAUUUUACGCAAGAGAUCAGGUUAUCAAGAAAAGCAGCCAGCCCCAAGCGAUACAGACACAGUUAAAACAGAAGAUUUCAACAGAAAAUUCCAAGAUUCACUGGUGUAUAGUUCAGACGAUACUGUGGAAUACAAAUCAGAUGCCGAUGAGAGCUCUUCUGACUCAGAAAAAUCUGCCAAAGGCGAGGAGUCGCUACUCUGGGAUUAUUUUGACACAGUCCCAAAAUCUGCUUCAGGAUUCAAAGAGGAUGAUUCUGCAUCAAACGACAGCAAGAAUAGAACUCCACAACAGAAUGGGGAUGAUCGUGAUGCCAAAACUUUAAUUGAUCGCUUACGUCCAAAAAGGUCUAAUUCCUCACCACCUGUUUAUAACAAACAAAAACCUACUAACAAUCACCACUUGUCACCUUACAAUUCACUGCGUAAACCAAUCUAUGUCAGCGAUGCAGAGUCUGUCAGGACAGAAGACUUUGAGUUCCGGUUUAAAGAUUUGAUUGUGAAUCAGAUGGACAGUGAAACAGAUGUUACAGAUAACGAUCCUUUACAUGCCAAAGUCAAGGAGAUACUACAGGUCACACUUCCUUCAAUGAUCCUACAAGGGCAUAUCUCUAUCUUUGAUCGUAAGAAUGAACGAGAGAGAAGUCAAUCAGAGAAUGAUGUGAGACUGAGAGACAGAAGAAAAGAAAUGAUAAAUGGUGAAGCCCAAUCCUCGCCAAGAGACCAUAACAACAGAUCUUCCACUUCCACAAGAAACAGCAGUAGACGGGACAGCUUAGAUGACGAAAGACGAGAGAUACAGAGGGAAUCAGAAAGAAUACAGAGAGAAAUAGAAAUGGAGAGAAGGGCACAAUCAUUCUCACCAAGACUGACUAAGUCUCCUACGAGAGGCAUGCUUAGUAUCACUGGGGAGCUACCCAAGUCUACUUCCUACAAUGAUUUAUCUGGAAAUGAGGGAAGAAAUUCCCCUAGGCUUGACCACAGCAGUUCUAAUCCAUCACGAACUAGUUCAUUAUUAGAGAGGGCAAGAACUGGACUGUUCCAAGACAGAUUUAGCCCCUCUAAUGAAGCUUCCAGUCCAGAAAGCCUAGGAAGGUCAAGGUCAAGCUCAUCACCUGAGAGACCAAAUUCAUCUGUGAACUUGACUAAUCCUGAAAGGAACAGUUCAUUACGGGAUAAAUUUUCAACUUCUACGCCUAAUAGGGCGAGUUCUACAUCAAAUAGUCCCCUUCGUGACAAAAUAAACACCAGAACUGGAAUUGAAUUGGACUGGUCCAGUCCUAUGCAUUCCAAUCUCAGUAGUCCAAGAUAUACCUCAAGUCAAAAUGAUUUAAAUAGUCCAAGAAACGGAGAGGAUAAACUUUCUGUUUCGUUUCAAGACUUGCCAAAUUCUCCCAACGUAUCUCCAUCUAAAUACUCAGACACAAAUAAGUCACCAACAUACAUAGAUAACUUAGCAUCAGAACCCAGAAGAACUACCACAAAUUACAGAUCUAACAGUCUCGAUAGAGAGAGGCCAUCUGAAGGACUGGUGAGUGCCAUGAAAGGAUCUAGAUCUGAAGUAAAGGAGGCUGAGAAAAAGUUACAGUUAAUAAAAGCACAGACUGAUGAAGCCAAAACCCAGUUGAUGUUGACAGAACUAAAGAGAGAGAAUAUAGUGAAGGAUGUUGAGAGAAUAGAAGAAGAUUUAUCUCGGAAGAAAAGACAAGUGAAGAAUUACGAAGAUCAGUUGAGAUCUAGACUAGGAGAUAUUAGGGCAUCUGAUAGUUUCAUUGAUCCUGAUGAAAAAUUGACAUCAUUGGAAGAAGAGAAUGCCAGUUUGAAAGUGAGGUUACGACACAUGGAUGGGUUAGAAUUGGAGAGAGAUGAAUUAGUCAGACAGCUGGACUCUGCAAAGGAAGAUUUAUUUAAUGAACAAAGACAGUCUAGAAAUAAAAUAGAGGAAUUACAAGAAGAAUUAGAAAAUUUAACAGCUCAGGUUGAGGAAUAUAAAGCAGAACCAGGCCAUAGUCAGAGUAAUACUACCUCGUUACAGUUCCAGAAAUUAGAAGAUAAAAUACAUAGACUGGAAAAAGAGAAAAAAGACUUGACACAGGAUAAGAAUAAACUGGUAGAAGAUUUGCGAUUAAUAUCACGUUCACCAAGGCCAGAUACAGGCAGACAACAACUAUUAAACAGAGAUGUCGAAGAACUACGUAAUGAAGUUGCCACUCUACAUAAUAAAAUCGGAGCAGGUCAGAGAGAAAUUAAUAACAAAGAAGAUAUUAUUGGUCGAUUAAAACAACAGAAUCAAGAUUUACAACAAAUGUAUAGUAAAGAGAAAGGACAUAAAGAUGGUGUAAUGGAGGAUCACAAACGAUCAUUACAAACUCUCAGGAAAGAAAUGGAUUCAGCCAUGGUUCAAAUGAGAGAGAAUAUGUUUUUAGAAAAACAGAAAUCUUUAGAGGAUUUGAGAAGCACCCUGGAGAAGGAUAAGCGUGAUGCACUUGCACGGGCUGAGGAUAAAUUUAAUCAUCAUAUCAAAAGUCAAUCAAAUUCAAUUAAAGAUAAAGAAGGAGAAUUAUCCAGAAUGAUAGAUUUAGUGAAGAAACUAGAGGAAGACCGAAGGGAUGUUGAAACGAGAGUAAAAAGUGAUUCACAAAAACAGAUUGAUGAUUUCAUCAAAAAGGAGAAACUAAAAUUAGAAGCUGACUUUGAAUGGCGAUUACAUAAAGAGAAGGAACAGUUCCAACAAGAAUUUAAAGUAAAUUUUAAUGGAUUAUCUAAAGAAUUGGAGGAGGCUACGAAGGUCAAGGCAACAUUACUGGCACAGAUUGAAAAACUUACUACUGAGUUGGAAACUCAGCGUCUACAAAAUCGACAAUCUGUUCAUGACCGUAUGUUGGCGGUUGCUAGAGCUAAGGAGUCUAUAAGACAAGACAUGCAGGUUGAUAUGGAAAAAGUCAAAUCUAAAAUGAAAGAAUUUUCACUUCAGGAUUUCCAACAAGAAAUAGACAAGCUACAAGAUACUAUUAGAAUGCAGGAAGAAGAAAUCAAACAAUUACGAGGCGAAAGAGCCGAAGUGUUAAAAUUAGCUAAAGACAAUCAGGGUUCAGAGAGAGUGGAAAGAACUAUAAUUAAUGAAAUAAAUGAAGAGUGUCGGAAAAAUUCACAUGUCCUUGGAAUUAGUCCUCGCAAAGUUAAUAUGACAGAUUUUCGAGAGAAUGGUUAUAACUCUCCUGGGAGAAUAAGAACACCAACUACAGCAGCCUUGAUGGGUACCAGUAGAUUUGAGGAUAGAAAUUCACAGGCUAACUUACGAGCGUGCAAUCAAGAACUACGUAACCAUGUCCAAGAACUGAAACAGGAAAUGGAACAUCAAAAGAACGUGUUAAUUCAAUCACAGCGGGAGAAGUCAGAUAUUGUUCAAAGUGUAAAGAGUCAGCUGGAAAGAGAAAAAAGUUAUGAAUUGGAUAAACUGAAAGAAAAAUUUGUCAAGGAUCAUGCAGAUGAAAUAAAUAGUAUUAACAAGAAGUACAUUGACCGAGACAAAAAGUACAUGAAACUCAUUCAGGACAAGAAUGAUGAACUUCACAAAUUAAAAGAAAACUUUGACAAGUGGAAAAAAGAAACUGAUUCAUGGCUUCUGCCAAAUGGAGAUUUUGACCCCAAGCAAUAUACAAAGUCAGCACCAUACGAGUAUGGACCAAGAACGACAGCUCAGGAACAAGAAUUAGAAAGAUUAGAAAGAGAAAUCAAAAGACUCACUACGAAUCAACAACCUCCUCCACGGUACUACAACUCUUAUGUCCAGGAUGAUAUUAGUACGACUAAACUGGUCAAUAAUUUACGGACUAAAGUAGCAGAACUUGAACAUGAAAACAGCAACUUAUCUAAAUAUUCUUAUUCUGUUCCCGAUCUGUCAGAUCCUGUCUAUUACAGGAGGACAAUGCGAUCAGCUUCUCCUACACCUCAGCAAGAAAGAAUUGUAAAUAUUUUAGAACAACGAGCCAAGGAGGCAGAGUUUGAAUCUGAUACUCUAUUAGAUCAACAACAACGAAGUCGCAAUAUGAUGUCACAGAAAAUGCAAGAAAUGACCAAACUACAAACUUCAUUAACAUCACAAACAAAAGAUUUAAUUCAUUUAGGGCAAGCUUAUUCUAAAUUGAACAACAGUUAUAGAUAUGGGAAGACAUGAAGACAUUUCUAUAGACUUUAGUAUUAAAACAAUUGUAGCUUUAAGUAUGGUGCCAGAUAUAUAUAUAUAUACUGUACAGUUUGUAAAACAUAUAGCUGAGUAUAUAUCUGUUAGUACUAGUUUCUGUAUACUCAUGUGUUGUGGUGACAGUGCUGAAAUAUACCAAUGCUACUAUGCAAUGAUUAUGUCAGUAUUGACAAGGUUACUUUGUACAAUGUAUAAACAUGUCCCUAAUUGAAAGUUAGUAUGCAAAAUUCCUUGUAAGAAAAAUAGAAUAAUCUAUUUACCAAAAAUUAUUUUGAAAAUGUAUUUUAUUUUAAGUUGAAUGGAGUUUAAAAUGGCUUGAUAUUUCAAAAUGGCAUUUUUAGGUCAGAUUUGUAUCCAUCUUGAAUGUUUCAGUUCUUGAUAACUUUAUGGAAUUAGUAGACAAAUACAGUUGAUUAAUUAAUUAUAAAAAUUCUGUUAAUUGCUGAAAGUGGAGAAAAUAUUAUUAGUAUUAUCUUUGUAGAACAUUUCUGACGACUUUCUUGUGGAAAAAAAAAGUUGAAUAAAAAACAAUGUUUUUCAACCCUAUCAUAUCACAUCUGAUACAGUCAUAGACAAUAUUAAACUAGACCUGUGAAAAACCAAAUAUCAUUUCGAAAAUGUCUAUUUUAUCGUAGCACUGCCAAGGUUAUGUGUAAGAUUUUAAAAAAUUCUUGUGUUUUGGAGCCAACAAUGUCAUUCCAUUAAAUUUUUACAACAGGUGCUUAAAUAUCACUGUCAAGAUAAUUGAGCAUUUCUUAUGCAUGAAUAUAUCCCAUGAUAGUUUGAAAUUUACUGAACAAAGAUAUGAUAUUUUAAGUAGAGUGAAUAUCUGUAGACCCUUUUAUUUGAUCAGAAUAUUGAAUGUUUGGAGGAGAUAUUUCUGCUAUCACAUGCAGUGAAAGUCCAUCAAAAUACUUUACACUUUAAUGUAGUAUUAAUGUACACAUAUAAUUUGUAGCAAUUUGUGAAAGUGAUAUUUAUGUAUAUACAUUUACCUGUUAUGUUUGUCUUAUUAUGUUGUUAUUGCUAUAAAUAACCUGGACAACAUUUCUCAAAGUACCCACAAAACAUGUGCAUUACUUUUAAAAAGUUUAUGUGUCUUAAACAUCUACAAUGCAGUUAUAAGAUGUUUGUAAUUUCUAUGCAUUUGAUAUGAAUUGCUAGUUAUGGGAAAAAGCUUGUAACUUAUCAGUGUUUUUUUUUGCAGCAGGAUAGUUCAAUUUAAGUUUAAUCAAGAGGUUAAAAAAAUGUAAUACAUGUAUGAUGAAAUUGAAAUUUAAAAAAAUAAUGAGGUAAAAAUCUUUCUUUAAAUGACAGUGAUUUUGACUUAGAUUUACCAGAGUUCUCCCCCUUGUAAAUUGGUUUUCAACAACAUGCAGUUUGUUUAAAUUGGGCUGACCCUUUGCGAAAAGUAAAAGACAAACAAGAGACAUUUCCAAAGUAUAGUACAUCUUACAUAUGCCUUGUUGGAUGGUGUCCAGGUUAUGAGUUAUUUUGAAAGCAUGUAAGUUUGUCAUAUUGUAUAAAAGAUAAUUCAUAAUGUACCUUCCUCAUUGUAAUAUGUAAAGCAUUGUUGUUAGUAUAUAUGUGUGAUGUAUCACUAGUUUAUUGCUGGAAAGCAGAUCUGAAUUGUAAUAUAUUUGUUUGAAUAGAAAUAGUUUAUCAAUUAGUGCUUUAAUUUAAGAUUAGUAAUGAAGAAAGGAUCCAAGGACUUCUGUGAUAAUUUUGUUUUAUAGAAUUUUUCUAAUUUUUAUACAAACAAGUUUAGUUUAUUGUACAAAAUAUACAUAUUUGAGUGAUUUAGUUUUUUAUAGAACUUUUGUAUUUUUUUUUUUCAAAUCCGUCCUUAUUUAUGUGCCAUUUAAUGGUUUAUUUUAUUCCAUUUUAAGACCCGUUGUUUAAUUUGAAGCCGUCCAUUUUUUGCAGAUCAUAUCUCUAAUUUUAUUUUGAUGACUUAUUUUAUUAUUUAUUAUUUUCAGAAUGGUCUUGUAACUAAAAGUUUCAUUUGUAUUAUCCUCAUGGAAAAUAACUCUGUAUACAUUUAAACUUUAAGAAAGAAAUUUAUGUGCACAUUUUUAUUUUGUUUAUGUAGUGAAAUUUUUUCUCUGUCUGUAUUUUUCUUUUAUAUAUUAAGCUAAGCCCACUGAUAUUUUUUUUUUCAAAUAAUAUGUAAAAAACUUUUAUUUUUGAAACUGCCAAGCAUUAUUUCUUUUACUUUCAAUAGUUUCAGCGUAUCUAUUAUUUGAUAACAUCAAAUUGUUUACUUUUAUAUAUUUUUUGGCUGUAAAGUUACAUUGUAUCCUCUACCUUAACUGUGUUUUGUGAGUUAACAAUAUGGAAUAGUGAGGUGUACAUAUUAAAAGUUACGCAAGUUAAUGAAAGAAAUUCUGUACUACCUACAGUUUUAUCAACAAAAAGAAAAAAAACUUAAUUUACUCAAAAAAGUACCUAGCAACUAAACAUUUUCUUAAUCAGUGUAAAGUAAACUAUCUUAUUACACCAGACGUGACUUCCUUUAAAAUGGUAGUAAAAUUAUCUCCCUUAAUUUACAGAAAGUAUCUAGAAAUCAUAUAUUUUUGGAAUCAGUAUUAGAUACCAUAUGACACUCAAUAUUGCUUUUUUUAGUUUACAAUACAAUUGCAAAAAAUCUUUGCCCUCCCCUCAAGCACUGAUUAAAAUAAUUCAUGGUUUAUAUGUUUUAGCAUGCUGCUAUAAUAGUUAUAUAUAUAUAUAUAUAUAGAGCAAUGUUAGUCCUCAGGGAAGUUUACUCGGGAUGAUAUGGCCUUGUUUUUAUUCUCCAAAAUAUCUCCUUUAACAUGAUUAAUUUUCCAUUGUGAUACUAUGUAUGAAAGAAUAUUUGUCAAAUGUGUUGAGUUGAAUUGAUUUUUCCAAAUCAAUGAAGAAAAUUCAUAUUGAAUAAUGUGUAUGUUUGAGAAGUUGUAUCGAUGGUCUGUUUAUUAAUGUUUUUUCUUUACUACAAAUGUCUCAUACAAUUUCAAUUACAGAAAUAUCAUUUUACUUCCAUUUGUAAAAUUUGAUUUCAAGAAUAAAUGCUUGUACAUAAAGGUUAACUUUCAAUUAUAAUCUAGAUGAUCAAAUAGUUUGGUAAUAUAUCCAAAUCCACUUUUAAACCAGGAAAGAAAUAGAACAUCCAGAAGUUAGUGAUAUGUGACUUCAUAAAAUCCUGUGUUGGUCAUCAGUUGAAUUCCAAGCUUCUUACAUUGAAAAAAAAAGGAUGAAGAAUUAGUAUUAUGUGAGAACUUGGGAUUCAAUUACAGCUGUUAUGGAACUUUGAAUUUAUAAAAAAAUGUUAUGAAAUUGUGAAUAAUCAUAACAUUUUUAGAAAUACGUGUCAAUUUAUCAUAACUUUGUGAUAUUGUGAAAUUUCUGAUUGAAGCAAUUUUAAAAUAUAUGACAGAACUAUACUGUGAUACAAGGUAUUAUGUAUUAUAUAACUAUAUAUUUAUACAAAUGAUAAUAAAAUAUUUAUUGAAGAACAA